AUGCACAUUCGACGUGUUGCCCACAUUUUAAAUUUAGUGGUGCAAGAUGGCAUAAAAAGAGUUGAUAAGGCGGUUGAGAUAGUUCGAUGGGCGGUUAAAUGGAUUAGACAAUCACCUUCUAGAAUUCAUAAGUUUACCGAGUUUGCUAAGGUUGCUAAUCCCGGUAUAACAAAACACUUGAAAAGAGAUGUGCCAACAAGAUGGAACUCUACUUACCAUAUGAUGGAAAUUGCCCAAGCUUACAAAAAAACUUUUGAGAGAUAUGAUAUUGAGGAAUUUGAUUUUCGGUGCGAAAUUGAAAUGGCGGGUUUGUCGAUUCCUUCAUCAAGCGAUUGGGAAAGGGUUAGGAAUGUAUGUCAUUUUUUAAAACCUUUUCAUGAUGUUACUUUGAGGAUUUAUGGGACACUUUAUGUGACAUCAAACACAUGCAUUGAAGAUAUAUAUUCCAUUCGUACGCUCUUGGAUGAUGCUAUUUCCGAUUCUAGUCUUUGUGAUAUUGCAUUGGCCAUGAAAAUAAAGUUUGAUAAGUAUUUUGGUGACAUAGAAAAAAUGAAUUUAUUGCUCUACUUUGCUUUGAUUCUUGAUCCGAGGAACAAAGUAAAGUAUUUGGUUAUACUACUUGAGGAUCGUUAUGGAGAAAAGGGGGUGGAGGCCAAAAAGAAAUAUAUCAUGGAUUCUAUGUAUGAAUUAUAUAAUGAUUAUAUUAGAAUUCAUUCUCCAAGUUCUACUUCAAGUACCGCCGAGUCUACCACUUCAUCAUCGAUACUAGGGAAACGCCAAAACCCGGAGUUUAUGGCACCUAAUCCCCCUUUGAGAAAUAAACUAAGAGAAAAGAUGAAGACGAACAUAGUUGAAUCAAUUGGGGAGUUAGAAAAGUAUUUGCAAGAGAGUGUUGAAGACGACUCAGAAAUGUUUAGUAUUCUAGAUUGGUGGAAAGUGAAUAGUCCAAGAUUCCCGAUUCUAUCAUUGAUGGCAAGAGAUGUGUUCGCCAUUCCCGUCUCAACCGUGGCUUCGAAAUCCGUUUUUAGCACUAGUGGGAGGGUUUUGGAUCCGUUUAGGAGUUCUUUGACUCCUAAGAUUGUUGAAAGUUUAAUUUGUACACAAGAUUGGAUUCGGGGUAGCAUAAGUGACACAAUCGAUUAUGAAAAAGAUUGGGAAGAAAAUCAACAAAUUGACAAAGAAUUGAGCAAGAUGAAGUGGUGA